AGACCAGGCUGGAGGAGUUUGGGUGAAAGGGCAGGGCAGGACAGAGAAGCAUUGUGCAAAAGUGGGGGGACUGAGAAGAGAUGAUUGGGUGGGUCGAGCUGCACUGCAGGGUAUGAGUGUGCGCGCCCGCGGUAGGAGGAGGAGGAGGAGGAGAGGUGAAGUGGAUCUGGCGGGAAGAGCCCCCCCCACCCUACCUUCGACCCCACCGCCCACCCACCCGCGGAAUCGCAUGCGCACUGGAGACCUGGAGGAAAGGGCUUUUGUUGGGAAAGCGGGCGGGCUGGAGGGGUCCGCGCAUGCGCAGGCUACCCAGCCGCGGGGGGUGCACGGAGAAAAGGGGCGGGGUGGUCCGGGCUGCUGUGCUGGCAGCAGUAGGCGAGGGCGCGGCUGCGGGGUUCCUGGUGCUGAGGACGGACGCCAUUGGAGCCCCCGAGAAGGCUGAGCUCUCAUCUCCCUGGGACCCGCAGCAUGGCUGAGGGAAGCUUCAGCGUGCAAUCGGAAAACUACAGUGUUGAAGACAUGGAUGAGGGUAGCGACGAAGUCGGGGAGGAAGAGAUGGUUGAAGGCAACGACUAUGAAGAAUUCGGUGCGUUUGGUGGCUAUGGCACCCUCACCAGCUUUGACAUCCAUAUCCUCAGAGCCUUCGGAAGCUUGGGUCCAGGCCUUCGCAUCUUAUCGAAUGAGCCCUGGGAACUGGAAAACCCUGUGCUGGCCCAGACCCUGGUGGAGGCAUUGCAGCUGGAUCCGGAAACACUUGCCAAUGAGACGGCCGCCCGUGCUGCCAACGUAGCCCGCGCCGCCGCCUCCAACCGUGCGGCUCGGGCCGCUGCCGCCGCUGCCCGUACCGCCUUCAGUCAGGUGGUCGCUAGCCACCGGGUGGCCACGCCGCAGGUCUCAGGAGAGGAUACCCAGCCCACGACCUACGCCGCCGAGGCUCAGGGGCCCACCCCUGAGCCACCCCUUGCUUCUCCGCAGACCUCCCAGAUGUUAGUCACCAGUAAGAUGGCUGCCCCCGAGGCUCCGGCAACCUCCGCACAGUCCCAGACAGGCUCCCCGGCCCAGGAGGCUGCUACUGAGGGCCCUAGUAGCGCCUGUGCUUUCUCUCAGGCUCCGUGUGCCAGGGAGGUGGACGCCAACCGGCCCAGCACAGCCUUCCUGGGCCAGAAUGAUGUCUUUGAUUUCACUCAGCCGGCAGGUGUCAGUGGCAUGGCCUUCCCGCGCCCCAAGAGACCUGCCCCAGCCCAAGAGGCUGCCACAGAGGGCCCCAGUGCUGCCUCUGGUGUGCCCCAGACGGGACCUGGCAGGGAGGUGGCAGCCACCCGGCCCAAGACCACCAAGUCGGGGAAGGCGCUGGCCAAGACUCGGUGGGUGGAGCCUCAGAAUGUUGUGGCAGCAGCUGCUGCCAAGGCCAAGAUGGCCACGAGCAUCCCUGAGCCGGAGGGUGCAGCUGCUGCCACUGCUCAGCACAGUGCUGAGCCCUGGGCCAGGAUGGGAGGCAAGAGGACCAAGAAGUCCAAGCACCUGGAUGAUGAGUAUGAGAGCAGCGAGGAGGAGAGAGAGACUCCCGCGGUCCCACCCACCUGGAGAGCAUCACAGCCCUCAUUGACGGUGCGGGCUCAGUUGGCCCCUCGGCCCCCGAUGGGCCCGAGGUCCCAGAUACCCUCAAGGCACGUACUGUGCCUGCCCCCCCGCAACGUGACCCUUCUGCAGGAGAGGGCAAAUAAGUUGGUGAAAUACCUGAUGAUUAAGGACUACAAGAAGAUCCCCAUCAAGCGCGCAGACAUGCUGAAGGAUGUCAUCAGAGAAUAUGAUGAACAUUUCCCUGAGAUCAUUGAACGAGCAACGUACACCCUGGAAAAGAAGUUUGGGAUCCACCUGAAGGAGAUCGACAAGGAAGAACACCUGUAUAUUCUUGUCUGCACACGGGACUCCUCAGCUCGCCUCCUUGGAAAAACCAAGGACACUCCCAGGCUGAGUCUCCUCUUGGUGAUUCUGGGCGUCAUCUUCAUGAAUGGCAACCGUGCCAGCGAGGCUGUCCUCUGGGAGGCACUACGCAAGAUGGGACUGCGCCCUGGGGUGAGGCACCCAUUCCUCGGCGAUCUGAGGAAGCUCAUCACAGAUGACUUUGUGAAGCAGAAGUACCUGGAAUACAAGAAGAUCCCCAACAGCAACCCACCUGAGUAUGAAUUCCUCUGGGGCCUGCGAGCCCGCCAUGAGACCAGCAAGAUGAGGGUCCUGAGAUUCAUCGCCCAGAAUCAGAACCGAGAUCCCCGGGAAUGGAAGGCUCAUUUCUUGGAGGCUGUGGAUGAUGCUUUCAAGACAAUGGAUGUGGAUAUGGCCGAGGAACAUGCCAGGGCCCAGAUGAGGGCCCAGAUGAAUAUCGGGGAUGAAGCGCUGAUUGGACGGUGGAGCUGGGAUGACAUACAAGUCGAGCUCCUGACCUGGGAUGAGGACGGAGAUUUUGGCGAUGCCUGGGCCAGGAUCCCCUUUGCUUUCUGGGCCAGAUACCAUCAGUACAUUCUGAAUAGCAACCGUGCCAACAGGAGGGCCACGUGGAGAGCUGGCGUCAGCAGUGGCACCAAUGGAGGGGCCAGCACCAGCGUCCUAGAUGGCCCCAGCACCAGCUCCACCAUCCGGACCAGAAAUGCUGCCAGAGCUGGCGCCAGCUUCUUCUCCUGGAUCCAGUAAGAGUUUCGGCACCGUUGACGAACUGCAGCGAUCUUACUGGCCAAGCCAGAGCGCCUCCUCUCAGAUUCCUUCUCGACACAGCACCCUAGGCGGCUUCUUCCUGUCAGUCGGAGGUGGCAUGCAAGAUGAAGCUCUCUUUGCUCUUCCUGCUUUCAUUUUGUGCUUUUCCUUGUGCUUUCAUGUUUUGGGUAUCAGUGUUACAUUAAAGUUGCAAAAUUAA